AUGGACAACCGUGCAAAGAAUACCACCUCCUCCCCACCCCAUUACCGUGUUAAGGCUGCCGCUGACGGAGGAAAAGCCUCUUCGCCGGCCCCUCCCCCCCACUCGACGGUCGUCUUGCACGAUCUUUCGACGAUCGUGGCCGGCGUUUAUGUACGAAAUGUACUGAUAACCGUCGUCGUACCUGUAUUGUGUGCGGCGCAAUAUGAUAUCGGCUCGCAGUUUUCAGCGGUCAUGGUCGAUGACGUGCUGAAAUUGUAG